GUUUAGAGCAAAUACAUCACACUUUUUCCAAUUCACCCACUUUUAUCUUCCCUAACUUCUGGCUUUAAAGAAAAAAUACCACUAGCUAAAGAGUUCUCAUAGUCUUGGCUUGGUUUCAUCUUCCAAAGAAAAAACUUAGGGACUGUGACAGUGUUAAGCGUAACAUGCGUGAUUAAUAUGAAAUACCGUCAGAAUUAUAUCUUCGUUGUAUAAAGUCUUUCUCCCUUUCUAGGGUCAUUCAUUUUCUUUCAGUAUAAUAGUACUUUCUCCCAGUGUUGUUUCUCUCUUCCCACACGUUGAGUUUCAUAUUUCAUCUCUUUCAUUGUAAGUUGCAACCUGCAAGCUAUCCCAAUCUGUCACAAACAAAGAUUUUUCUCCUUUCAAAAGCUGCCAUUUUUUUUUCUUGUCCUCUUUGUUCCUUCAGAGAAUCCCAUUUUGUUUUCUUUGUCCCUAUUUUCUUGACUUCCAAGUCCAACCCAUAACCUCAAGUUUCAAGCCCUCAUAAGUUGAAAUUUCUAUUUCAUGCCAUUGCCAUCCCAACAUUCGUGAACUCCAUUUCUAAGUUCUUCAAAUCUUUGUAGGUUUCUUCUGAAGAUUCUCGAGCAUCAGAGUGUUUUCUUGCAGAUAUCCUCCUCGUUCAUUGUGUUGGCAAGCAAAGGUUGGUGUCCGGCUUCUCAACGGGGAUUGAAGAUAUUUGCCGAAAUUUUAUGCUCCAACAUAUCCUCAUCAUGUGCUCAGAAGCCAGUCCUCCGAGAUUAUCGUUUUCCCAGGAUCUUGGACAACCAGAUGUUCUACCAGUUGGUCGGAGAGACACACCACUCUUGGACAUGAACUGUGACUUUGAGUUCAGCUUCAGCAACAGCAGCUUCGAGCGUCAAUCUUCCUCCGCCGACGAGCUCUUUUCGCACGGUGUGAUCCUCCCUAUGCAACCGAGAGAUAGGGUUUCGAAUAGCGAACUUAAACGUUAUGCCUCUCUUCCUCCACUUCCAAGUUCUCCAACUUAUGACAAUCCAAAUCCAAAGAAAGAGAUCAUGAACACGAAGGAAGAUAUCGAUUCGAGUUCGUAUCAUUUUGAGCAGAAGCCUCAGUCGAAAUCCUUCUGGGGAUUCAAGAGAAGCACCAGCCUCAACCAAGAAAAUAAGAAGAGCCUGCUUUGUUCAUUGCAACUCUUGUCAAGAAGCAACUCAACCGGCUCAGCUCCGAAUCCGAAGAAAGCGAUUUUUAAGGAUGUUCAUAAACAAAAGCAGAUGUCGAAGUCUGCAUCAUGUCCGUCAUCUUCUUCAUCGUCGUCGUCGAAUCCGUAUGCAACGCUGCUGCCGAGGCCGCCGUCGAGGAAGGGUUACAACGGAUCGUCUUAUUACGGCAACGGUGUUCGAGUUAGUCCUGUGUUAAAUGUACCAUCUCCUUAUAUUUCUAAGGGAACUGCAAAGCUCUUUUGUUUGGGUUCUUUUUUACACCCCGGGAAAGAUAAAAAGGGCAAGAAGUAAAUUCUCAUCCACUUGCUUUGUUCAUCAAAAUCUUCCUAGUUUACUUGGAAAGGAGGAAGAAAUGUUUAACUUAGAAGCAAUAUCUAAGAGGAGAGAAAUUUGCUCGAAUAUUGUCACACUUGGCAUUCAGAUUUAAUGCGUUAUUAGAUUAGUAUACAUUAUGAGCGAUAAUAGUAUUAUUGUACAGAUAAAAGUGUGGAUGGCUAGAUGUGCUUGGAAGAUUCAAACAUGUUCAAAUGUCAUUAAUUUGGGGGACUCGACAGGUACCCCAUUUUUUCA